AUGUCCAUCCCUGUGUCCUCGCUCCUCACAAAUGGCGAGCCGCCCCACUCGAGUGAACGAUGGAAGUAUCUUCAGCGCAUCCUAGAGACCGAAUCGCCCUACUCGGAUGAACUCUAUCAACCAGGACCGGAGGUAAUACAGGCGGUAGCUGCUGCUAAGAUUCUAGUCAUCGGUGCCGGUGGUCUCGGGUGCGAAAUUCUCAAGAACCUGGCGCUCUCUGGCUUCAAGGACAUUCACGUUAUCGACAUGGACACGAUCGAUGUCUCUAACCUCAAUCGGCAAUUUCUCUUCCGUCAAGCAGAUGUUGGCAAGUCUAAGGCUGAAGUGGCCGCCGCCUUUGUGCAGCGCCGCGUGCCCGACGUCAAAAUUACACCCCACAACUGCAAAAUCCAGGAUUUCGAUGAAGACUUCUAUAUGCAGUUCACGCUCGUUGUCUGUGGCCUUGACAGCAUCGAAGCCCGCCGUUGGAUUAACGCUACGUUAGUCGAAAUGAUCGACCACGAAAAGCCUGAAUCUCUCAAACCACUAGUCGAUGGCGGCACAGAAGGCUUCAAAGGCCAGGCUCGUGUCGUUCUACCCUCCAUCUCAUCGUGCAUCGAGUGUCAGCUGUCCAUGCAUGCACCCCGCGCCGCUGUCCCACUCUGCACUCUUGCCACCAUCCCACGCCAGCCACAACAUUGCAUUGAAUGGGCGCACAUCAUCGCUUGGGAAGAGCAUCGCAAGGAUGAUACCCUUGAUACUGACGACCCCGAGCACAUAACCUGGCUAUACACCACAGCACUUAAGCGUGCGGAAGAGUUCAACAUCUCUGGAGUAACAUAUUCCAUGACUCAGGGUGUUGUCAAGAACAUCAUUCCUGCGAUCGCCUCCACCAAUGCCAUCAUCGCCGCCGCAUGCACGAAUGAAGCCCUCAAGAUUGCAUCCUCUUGUGCACCUUACCUGGACAACUACAUGAUGUACACCGGCGACUCCGACGGUGUCGGACUGUAUACGUACACCUUCCAAGCAGAGAAGCUGCCAGACUGCCCCGUCUGCGGCAAUAUGGCCAAGACCGUCGUUAUUGACCCAGACACAAGUCUCGAGGAUUUCCUAGCCAGCCUGGCCGAGCGCGCGGAGGCACAACUAAAGAAGCCGAGCAUUCGUACGGAGGCCAAGACACUAUACUACCAGGCGCCCCCGAGUCUGGAGGAGACGACGCGUCCAAAUCUGAAGAAGAAAUUGAGCGAAUUGGUGGCAGAUGGUGAAGAGGUGGGCGUCAGUGAUGCGGCAUUUGCGAUUAGCUUCAAGUUCAAGCUGGUUUACAAAUGA